UCCACCCCUUCCCCGUCCUCCUCCCGCGCUUCCCCUCCCCCGGCCUCCCAUUCAUUCCGUCCGCUCUCUGCCUUUCCUCCUUCCCGCUUGGGCCCUCUCCUCCAGAGCCUCCCGCGCGGACCCCGCUGCGGCCUCGGAGUUCUUAGCACAUUCAUGGAAGUUUAGGGCCUGGACGGUGCCCACAAGUCCGGCCGGAGAGCGCAGCCCGAGCUGCUGGCCGGGAAGAGGAAAAUGUCUGUGCUCAGGCGGAUGAUGCGGGUCUCCAAUCGCUCCCUCCUCGCCUUCAUCUUCUUCUUCUCCCUGUCCUCAUCUUGUCUCUACUUCAUCUAUGUGGCUCCGGGCAUCGCCAACACAUAUCUCUUUAUGGUACAAGCUCGAGGAAUAAUGUUGAAAGAAAAUGUGAAAACAAUAGGACACAUGAUCAGGCUUUAUACAAAUAAAAACACCACAUUCAACGGGACAGAUUAUCCUGAAGGCAGUAAUUCAAGUGAUUACCUUGUUCAAACAACAACGUAUCUUCCGGAAAACUUCACGUAUUCACCAUACCUCCCCUGCCCAGAAAAACUACCUUACAUGCGGGGAUUUCUCAAUGUCAAUGUAAGUGAAGUCAGUUUUGAUGAAAUUCAUCAACUCUUCUCCAAGGAUUUAGAUAUUGAACCAGGAGGACACUGGAGACCCAAAGACUGUAAACCCAGAUGGAAGGUGGCAGUUCUCAUUCCUUUUCGUAAUCGCCAUGAACAUCUUCCAAUUUUUUUCUUGCAUCUGAUUCCAAUGCUCCAGAAACAGCGACUGGAAUUUGCCUUUUAUGUCAUUGAACAGACCGGCACACAGCCGUUCAAUCGUGCUAUGCUCUUCAACGUGGGCUUCAAAGAGGCCAUGAAAGACAGCGUGUGGGACUGCGUGAUCUUCCACGAUGUGGAUCACCUGCCUGAAAAUGACCGAAACUAUUACGGAUGUGGAGAAAUGCCACGUCAUUUUGCAGCAAAGCUGGAUAAAUACAUGUAUAUUCUUCCGUACAAAGAGUUCUUCGGUGGUGUGAGUGGACUGACCGUGGAGCAGUUUAGAAAGAUCAAUGGGUUUCCAAAUGCCUUCUGGGGAUGGGGAGGAGAAGAUGAUGACCUUUGGAACAGGGUUCACUAUGCUGGGUAUAACGUAACAAGACCGGAGGGAGACUUGGGAAAGUACAAAUCUAUUCCUCAUCACCAUCGAGGUGAAGUCCAGUUUUUAGGACGGUAUAAAUUGCUAAGGUAUUCAAAAGAACGCCAGUACAUCGAUGGGUUGAACAAUUUAAUAUACAUGCCAAAAAUACUGGUUGAUAGGUUGUAUACAAAUAUAUCUGUAAACCUCAUGCCAGAGUUAGCUCCAAUCGAAGACUAUUAAAGAAGUCGCUCUUAUGGCAAGAUAGACCACAGUGCUGAUCAUAAACUUAGAUUGCACUCUCAAUGGAGGUCAGCGAGUCGAUGUGUCACAGUGCCCGGUUCAUGGAAGAAGAGCCAGCAGUUCUCAGUGGUCACAGUGCGGGAUUAUUUGCAGUCAGCCUUCUUCCUCCCAUCCUCUGCUCUGAGACACACCCAGUAGCAAGCACUGCAGAGACCAGAUGCCAUUGCUUAAGACUGGAAGUUAAGAGUGCCCUGCAAAGAAAGAAUUUUUAUACUGAAAUCUAUAAUUUAAUUCAAGAGAAUGCUUUAUUUCUGUUGAAACAUAUUUUGUACAUAAGUGAUGUAAAUUAAUGCGUUUAAAUCGCUGAAAAAUAAGAUGUGUUGUAGUUUUGCAUGUAAUUGCUUAUGCCUUUAUUGGACUUUUAUAAACAUUUUUUUAUUUGCAUGGAAAAAAACAAUGUAAAUUUAUGAAACUAAACAAAAGGUUAACCCUUGUGUGAAAUGAAGGACCUGUCAAUAAUUGACAGCCAACUAAUACAGUAAACUGUUAUACGAGUUUUGAGCUUUAGACCUUCAGCCUUCUGUGUGGAAGAAGUCACAGCUUUCUUAGGGUCGUACUGGGUGAGAAGAAAUGGCUUAAACAGCUUUCCUUCCUACCAGGAUUACCUGUGUUUUUCCUUGCUUGCAAUAUCAUCAGAUUUUGCUAAAUCACAACCAUAAUGUUUAUGCAUAUUGCAUGAGUAUUACCAAGAAAAUCUUCAAAGUUGUGAUGUGACAUGAUAUCAAGGACCUCGUUAUGUUCAAUGCCUUUCAUGUACCUCUGGUGUCCGUGUCAGGGAUUUUGUGCCUCAAAAAAUGUUCCCACUGUUGUGUGUUUGUACACUGUUUUUUGUUUGUUUGUUUGUUUUGGUUUUUAGUGAACAGCACUUUUAUUAUUUCCAGUUCAGAAGAGCCAAA